AAAAUUCCCGAUUUUCCCCAAAUGUUAUAAUCUACAAAAGCUUCACACGACAGGAGUUACAGAGAAUCACGAGUAAAGGAAUAGAAAACAAUACAACCGUUUCUCGCGAUGGCUGAGGAGGCAGCAGCUGAACAUGGUCCAAAGGAGGAAGAUGAGGACCAGGAUCCGGGAAGUAAAACACCUGAACAGAAAAGGCCUGUCGCCGUGGAAACUGCAUCUGCUCCAGUGUACUGCCUCUGCAGAAAACCAGACAUCAACUGUUUCAUGAUAGGGUGUGACAGUUGUGCUGAGUGGUUUCAUGGAGACUGUAUUGGUAUAUCAGAGAAAGCCGCUAAACCCAUACGAGUCUGGUACUGUCCUUCAUGUCGAGAGAAAGACCCUUCAUUAGAGAUUAAAUAUCGUCCUAAAAAGUUAAAAGAGAAGGAGCCAGGACAAGAGACACUGGACAAUGAGGAGUUCCCCCAGCCACCUUCAAACAUGGAUAAGAGGAGGGGCUCUCAGCAGGUAAUGUAG